CACGUGAUAUCACAAGAUGGCGACUUCGUUAUAGAAUAUAGAUAAGGUGUUUGUUGGGAUCAAUUAUAUUAGCUAUAUGCAUGCAUAUGCAACCGGAUAGAUUACAUAUUGGCUUUAUCCUCACUGUAGAUAAAUGCAUGUUUGCAUCUACGCCUGCUCCCAUUCCUUAGGUUUGUUUAUUUUUGUCAUGAAGUCGGCGGUACUACUAGCGGUGACUCAGUCUUUCUAACGGCGGUGGAAAUAGUCAUAUUGCGCAUCAGAUAUCGCACCAAGAAUGGCUCUAAAUGUCUUUGACCAUGAUGAAUACAGGCCGCCAGUGUGGAAAUCUUACCUGUAUCAGCUCCAGCAGGAGGCACCACAUCCACGGCGACUGACCUGCACCUCUGAGGUGGAUAACCGGCCCAAAUACUAUGGGAGAGAGUACCAUGGGAUGAUCUCCAGAGAGGAGGCUGACCAGCUGCUGAGUGUGGCAGAGGGGAGUUACCUCAUCAGAGAGAGCCAGAGGCAGCCUGGGACCUACACACUGGCCCUACGCUUUGGAAAUCAAACCAGGAACUUCCGCCUCUACCGUGAUGGGAAACACUUUGUUGGGGAGAAGCGCUUUGAGUCCAUCCACGACCUUGUGACAGAUGGGCUGAUCACGCUCUACAUCGAGACCAAGGCAGCAGAGUACAUCGCUAAGAUGACCAUCAACCCAAUCUAUGAGCACAUUGGCUACACAACACUCAACAAGGAGCCCACGCUGAAGAAACACUUGCCUGUGUGCCAGGAGGUUCCUGAUGGGCCUGCGCCACAGGGAGAGCUGGGUGAUGAGGAGAAAGGGCUCACCUCACUGGUCCGCCGAGCCACCCUGAAGGACAACGACCACGCGACCAAGUAUGAGAAAGUCCACAAUUUCAAGGUGCACACCUUCCGGGGACCCCACUGGUGUGAAUAUUGUGCCAACUUCAUGUGGGGCCUCAUCGCUCAGGGAGUUAAAUGUGCAGAUUGCGGUUUGAAUGUCCACAAACAGUGUUCCAAAAUGGUGCCAAACGACUGUAAGCCUGACCUCAAGCAUGUCAAGAAAGUAUACAGUUGUGACCUUACGACCCUGGUAAAAGCCCACCAUUCCAAGCGACCCAUGGUGGUGGACAUGUGCAUACAAGAGAUUGAGUCUAGAGGUGUUCAGUCUGAGGGCCUGUACAGAAUCUCAGGCUUCAGUGACCUGAUUGAAGAUGUGAAGCUGGCUUUUGACAGAGAUGGCGAAAAGGCGGACAUUUCUGUGAAUGUGUAUGAAGACAUCAAUAUAAUCACUGGCGCACUGAAACUGUACUUCAGGGAUUUACCUAUUCCUCUUAUCACGUAUGAAGCCUACCCAAGGUUCAUGGAGGCAGCAAAGAUUACAGAUCCAGACAAGCGGUUAGAGGCCCAUCAUGAAGCUCUGAAGCUGCUGCCACCUGCACACUGUGAAUCACUGUGUUAUCUCAUGGCCCACUUAAAGAGGGUAAUCCAAAAUGAGAAAGACAACCUGAUGAAUGCAGAAAACCUUGGCAUUGUUUUUGGGCCCACCCUCAUGCGUGCCCCAGACCUGGAUGCGAUGACGGCGCUCAAUGACAUCCGCUAUCAGAGACAGGUGGUGGAGACGCUUAUAAAGAACGAAGACAUUCUGUUCUGAAAGGCGAUGAUUAACUAUGAAGGAAUCUUAAAUCAUGAAUAAGCGAUGUACUCAUCAUUUAGAAAGGAGGAAGUGACAAUGUUUUUAAUAUUUUCCCUUUGUAAAACUAAGACUUGAAUAAUAAUGCACCAUUGUACAUUCUCUUCCACUCCCAGUGAGCCCUGUCUGAAGAGAUGUCUGUUGGGUUUGAAUCACGUACCUUAGACUUGUCUUUUGCAUGUCCCCCCCCCCCCCCAUUUGUGUCGGGGGUAAUUGAUGGAACACACAUUCCUUUGGAUAGUUAGUAUGUGUUUUUGCUUUCAGAUAUUGGGCCACACCAAAGGGAGAGAGGACUCAACUUUAUCUCUGACAUUAUAGUGUCUUUGACAGCAUGGGCAGUGCCAUUGAUGCUACAACCCAUAGGAAUCCCCAUCCAGUUGGCUACUUUUAAUAGUUUGAAAUUGCGGAGGCAUGGUGGAAGCCCUCAAUGGCAAUGUCCAUGCCAAAAUGGGAUAUAUCCAUGAUGAGUCCUCUCUCUAUGGGUCACAAUCACUCAUUAACUGCUCUCUCUGAUCUUGUAGAUGUGGCUCAUUUGUUUCAUGAUGGGUUUAUUCUUCCUGUGAAUCACUAAUGUACCUGGAUGUAACAUAUAAUACUAUCGGUUAAAAACCUUGUUUAUUGUAUGUUGUUCAUUUAAAAUAAAUGCAAUGGGAUAUUUAUAUAAUUUCAGCCAGUGUUCUAAAAGUAGCCUAGCACUCACAUGCCAUAACGGGUGACAUGUGAUAUUAGCGGUGUGUCCCAUGUACAUCUGCACUUCAUUUAUAUUAUAAUGGCGUGCCACACUAUUGGCACUAACUGCCCCUAUUGUCAGAGUAUCCAAUGUGCCCAAGUGAUCAAGCCUCCCACUUUUUUACCUUGCAGCGUCAUUGUAUGUGAUUGUGCCUUUCAACGGUCCUAUCAACAUUGUCCACCCGCUUUGGUUGUUUGAAGUAUUCCUUGGUCAGACUAUGGCACAAAACUUUUCUAGUUUUAAAAAGUAUAAAUGGUACCAAAUAGCUCAAUGGAUGCAAAGUUGAGUCGGUCUGGUUUAAUUUUAACCUAACUAACCAGUUUUAUUACAAUGGGAUGCCCAUCCACAGUGGAUGGCCCUUUAUCAGGAAAUGAAGUAUGCUAAGCCUGUGACAAGGUCUGAGAUAGGGUUUGUGCAAGCAGGAUCAGCCAUGUAUCCCAAUUUUGCGGAAUCUUUGUCCCCAUGUGCAGUUACAAACUGUAGUCUGGCUUUUUUAUGGCGGUUGGCAUAUUCCUUGCUGAUCGGCCUUUCAGGUUAUGUCGAUUAUAGGACUCGUUUUACUGUGAAUAUAGAUACUUUUGUACCUGUUUCCUCCAGCAUCUUCACAAGGUCCUUUGCUGCUGUUCUGGGAAUGAUUUGCAAUUUUCGCACCAAAGUACGUUCAUCUCUCAGAGAUAGAACAAGUCUCCUUCCUGAGCGGUAUAAUGGCUGCGUGGUCCCAUGGUGUUUAUACUUACGUACUAUUGUUUGCAGAGAUGAACGUGGUACCUUCAGGUGUUUGGAAAUUGCUCCCAAGGAUGAACCAGACUUAUUUUCUGAGGUCUUGGCUGAUUUAUUUUGAUUUUCCCCUGAUGUCAAGCAAAGAGGCCUUGAGUUGGAAGGUAGACCUUGAAAUACAUCCACAGGUACACCACCUCCAAUUUACUUAAAUUAUGUCAAAUAGCCUAUCAAAUCAAGUGUAUUUAUAUAGCCCUUCGUACAUCAGCUGAUAUCUCAAAGUGCUAUACAGACACCUAGCCUAAAACCCUAAACAGCAAGCAAUGCAGGUGUAGCAGCACGGUGGCUAGGAAAAAUUCACUAGAAAGGCCAAAACCUAGGAAGAAACAUAGAGAGGAACCAGGCUAUGAGGGGUGGCCAGUCCUCUUCUGACUGUGCCGGGUGGAGAUGUUCAAAUGUUCAUAAAUGACCAGCAUGGUCAAAUAAUAAUAAUCACAGUAGUUGUCGGGGGUGCAGCAAGUCAGCACCUCAGGAGUAAAAUGUCAGUUGGCUUUUCAUAGCCAAUCAUUAAGAUGAUCUCUACCACUCCUGCUGUCUCUAGAGUUAAAAACAGCAGGUCUGGGACCGGUAGUACGUCCAGUGAACAGGUCAGGGUUCCAUAGCCGCAGCCAGAACAGUUGAAACUGGAGCAGCAGCACGGCCAGGUGGACUGGGGACAGCAAGGAGUCAUCAUGUCAGGUAGUCCUGAGGCAUGGUCCAAGGGCUCAGGUCCUCCGAAAGAGAGAAUUAGAGAGAGCAUACUUAAAUUCACACAGGACACCGGAUAAGACAGGAGAUGUACUCCAGAUAUAACAGACCCUAGCCCCUGACAAAAACUACUGCAGCAUAAAUACUGGAGGCUGAGACAGGAGGGGUCAGGAGACACUGUGGCCCCAUCUGACUUUUCACAAAAGUUGAGCAUAAGUGCAUAGUCUUUGUCCAUUAUUUUCUGCCCUGUGAUUGAUCUUUUGCUACCAUCAAGAAAAGGUGCACAUUUAUCAGUUCUUCAUAUUCCCAAUGUCGAACCAGUUUGAGAAUGCUCCUAGAACAUUACUUAUGUUUUAAUUUAAAUGUAACCAUGUGUAAAAUUUUAAGAAAUGUUCUGUUAAAGUAACAGAAUAACAAGAAAAUUG